GGUUAGACUAGAGGUUCUCUAUCUUCAAAACUGAGCCAAGAGAAACAUAGAGACAGAAAACAAGAAAACAUAACUGCAGCAGAAGAAGAAAGAAGAAGAAGAAGAAGAAGAAGAAAACCGAGUUAGGUUUCGAAAUGUCUAUGACUACUAAACCUCAUUUCCAAGCAGAUCCAGAUGAAAUAAAACAGGAGGGAAAUAAGUACAUCUUCAGACCACGGGGACUUAGCAUUGUAUGGGGCAAUGAUGAACGCUACUGGAAAUUACCCAACAAGAAGCAAUCUAAGGAUGAACCUACUGAACCUGCGGAGCUGAUACAGGUUUCUUGGCUGGAAGUAACCGGCUCAUGUGGUUUAACAACUUCGAAAAAAUAUGAAAUUAGUUUCGACGUAGAACUGGCACCUGAUGCAUUUGGUUGGAGAGACAUACAAGCUUUCUUGAUGGCCAAGGUAGGGAAAAAGGGUAAGUACACUUGGACCAAAGUUAAAGUAGCAGCUCAGGAUCCAAACGUCAGAAGAUUCACCAUUCCUGAUGACAACGGCCCGCCAAUGAGAAUUGAAGUUCCGCAGAAUGCUCCGGAUAGCACGCUUCAUUUUGGUCUGUAUGAAGUCUGGAGUGGAAAAUGGAAGGGGGGCUUGAAAAUUCAUCAAGCAUUUGUGAAAGAUGUAACUCCGAAAUAACUUAAUUAGUCCACGUACGGUUCACGCGGUAUUUUCUAUGUAUACAGUACACGUAUGUAUUGAAAUAUUUGCUACGUCGUUGGGUUUUAUAUAUGUGACUAUUUAAUAAUGAGAACAGGUCUCAUAUAAGAUGAUUUGUAUACCAUAUAUGAAGUAUUUGCUACUACAGCAUGUAUUUGUAUCUCAAAAAUGAAUAAAUUCUUUCUUAUAUA